GAGGUGCUAAAUCUCUAACAAUGUCGAAUCCAACAAAAAUGACAUCCAACGUUAAUUUUCCGGGAAAAUCAUUCACGCUGGUUGCAGUAAAACCAAAGGGAUUAUCCAUCAGGUCCCGGUCUGAGUUAAACAUUGCACUGCCAGCGAAAUCAUCAUCGGCUAUUAAAGUUGAUGAAGCUAAAAAAAGUACAUUAACUCUGUUUAAGGAUAAAGUAUCAAAGAAUGUACUUCAGAUACAAAAACAAGGAUUAUCUCCAAACUCCAAAUCACCACACAAAGAAGUAAGCCCAGUAUUUAAAAAACCUUUGCCACCGAAAGUCAAUACUCACGUUUACCCACCGGCAGAAAAAUUAGCAAGCUCUUAUGGCUUCAAAGAAAAUUUUGAUCGAGUCUUACGCAGAGCCGAGGCACUCGAUAAAGAAGCUAAUGAACUUUCAGCAAUUCUGAAGCCUGCUAAUCGCAUCAUAAAGCCUUUUGAAGACGACUUGGACCGUGAACCAUUAACUAUAGUUAUAGAAAAAGAUUAUCCCCGUCGUUCAGUUGUAAAUGAAGAUCUUACUUGCUCAGAUGUAGAAAUUCCAACUCUUCCUGAUGAAGAUUAG